UGGAGUCUGGGCGGCUCUGCCUUCUGCUCUGUCUGCUUCACAACACAGGGACGAUAACAUACACAGAGAGCGGACGACUUAACUGUGGGCAACACUACAACGCUGCUGGUGGCCGCAGAAAUAUACAUAACGCUACCUGUAAGGUAAAGUCUGUCAUGGGUUAACGGGUAGUUACGCCAACGGUACAGACCCAUAUGUUAGCUAAAUGACAGGUUAACGGCAGGUUUAGCUAUCUUCAAUUAGCUGCUAGCUACAAGUGCUAACGUUAGGGCAAGUCAAAGCCAGCUUGUGACACUCGCUAGCCUUUUAAAGUUGUAUUAUUGUGGCCAUCUGGCAAACGUCUAGCGUUAUUUGUUCCCCUUAGCAUGAGCUGUGAGCCGGUAACUAGCCUAAAAAGACUGAGCAUAUCUCCACUCUGACAUAAUCAAAUGGCUUAUAGUGUUUAAUGAGCCACUUAAGCUAGCAAUGCGUUCAACAUCCUUCCAGAAUACCGUUAGCUUGCCGGGUUAUUAUUGCACUGUGGGGCACAACUGUCCCCUGCUCAGCAGUGCACGUAGCAUACCGCAUUAUGAGUGAGCAUUAUGUAAAAGUCAAGAUUCACGUCGAGCAAAUGAAAUCAUUCGGAGAGGAUGCAGAGAAGCAGGGUGUGGAUGCUGAGGAGGAGGAGCAGGUGGCCGUGUCUUCGUCACCCCCCGCCUCUGUCUCCCCAGACCCGCCCAGCAUCACCAUAGCCGGGAGAGACGUGUCCAACACUUUUAAACAUAGGGGGAAAAGUCGAAUCAAGAUGGGGAAAGAUGACAAGAACAUUUGUGGCAAACACAGCUUGGAUGUGUCAUUGCAUGGUGGGAGAAACGUGAAUAAACUAGGGCAUGAGCGGACACUUCACAUCAAAGGGACUGGAAAAAUACUGCAGGGCAAGAAUAAUGAGAAUAAUGGGGUCAGUAUGCAUCCUUCCAAAAACAUUCAAGUAGCACGCUGUGAGGACGGAUUCAAGCUCGCAAGGAAGAGAAGGCCAGUGACUGUGGACACGUCCAAAGCCAAAACCUCGCUGGAGGCCCUGAGGUUGAGCAUCAGGCAGCUGAAGUGGAAAGAGUUUCCUCUGGGGAGACGAGCGCCCUGUGAUAUCUACUGGCAUGGCGUCUCCUUCCAUGACAAUGAAAAUAUUGUCUCUGGGCAGGUGAACAAGUUCCCAGGAAUGAUUGAAAUGCUGAGGAAGAUCAACCUGAGUCGGGCAGUGCGGACCAUGCAGGAGUUGUUCCCGGAGGAGUAUGACUUCUAUCCCCGCUCCUGGAUCCUGCCUGAGGAGUGCCAGCAGUUCUCCACACAGAUCCGCAUGGUGAAGGAGAACGAUGCCUCGGUGAACCCCACCUUCAUUGUGAAGCCCGAUGGGGGCUCUCAGGGCGACGGCAUCUACCUCAUCCGGGACCCCAGUGACCUGAAGCUCAUGGUGGGUUCACAGGCCAAACAGGCUGUGGUCCAGGAGUACAUCCAGAGGCCGCUGCUCAUUGACAAGCUCAAGUUCGAUAUCCGCCUGUACGUGCUGCUGAAGUCCCUGGAGCCGCUGGAGAUCUACAUUGCCAAGGAAGGCCUGACACGAUUCUGCACCGAGCCAUACCAGGAACCAAGCCAGAAGAAUCUGAGCCAUGUCUUCAUGCACCUGACAAACUACUCGCUGAACGUCCACAGUGGAAACUUUGUCCACUCCAACAGCCAGAGCACAGGCAGCAAGCGCUCGCUCUCCAGCGUGCUGUACAGGCUGGCAGCUAAAGGCGUGGACAUCAAGAAGGUGUGGUCCGACAUCAUCGCCCUCGUCAUCAAGACCACCAUCGCCGUGGUGCCUGAACUUAGAGUCUACUAUCAGGCUGAAAUACCUCCUGGCAAACCGGGACCCACAUGCUUUCAGAUUUUGGGUUUUGACAUCCUUCUGAUGAAGAACCUGAAGCCAGUUCUAUUAGAGGUCAACUCCAACCCCAGUAUGAGAAUAGAACAUGAGCAGGAGAUGGCGCCAGGAGUUUUUGAAUAUGUUCCCAGUCCGGUCGACGAAGAGGUCAAAGUGGGGGUGAUCAGGGACACUCUGCGCCUUAUGGACCCCGGCCACAAGAGAACUUCAAUUUCCAACCUGAGGGCGGGUGGGCUGGACCACGGGGAGGAGAUCCCCAUGGAGGCGGAGCCACAGGACAGGAGCCCCGAUGAAGGAGCCCUGCCCUCUCUGUGUCUGAAGCAGGUCUACCCCAAAUACACCAAACAGUUCAACUACCUGCGGCUGGUGGAGCGCAUCGCCGCGCUCUUCAUCCGCUUCCUGGGGGUCAAAGGCAACAUGCGGCUGGGCCCCACCGCCUUCAGGACCUUCAUCAGGACCUGCAAGCUGAGCAACAGUAACUUCUCCAUGGCCUCAGUGGACAUCCUGUACAUAGACAUCACACGCCGCUGGUCAGGGACAAUGGCUGACUCUAGAGAAGCAGGUAUGGGACUCCAAGCCUUUGUGGAGGCCUUCUUCUACCUGGCGGGUCGCAGGUUCAAGUCCCAGCCUCUGAGGGAGCAGGUAGCCUCGCUGCUGGAGCUGUGUGAGGCCCAGCUGGAGACCCCCCCCCCGGGCGGAGAGGAGAGGCGCUCAGUGAGCUGCAGCAGGGCCCUGCCUCGCUCCAUCAGGACUCAGACCCUCCCUAACCCCCAGCUCUCCUCCCCCGGACCCCUGCGCCGGGCCGCCAGCCAGGACUACCGGCUGCACCAGAGACUCAAGCCUCGCUCUCUCAGGGCCAACCUGGAGAACUGAGGGGGUCCCACUCCCAAACCACGCCUGUAGCCCUCUCCCCAGGAGCUGCAACAUUAGCAGCCCCUCCUCUCAGCUCUCACAAGCAGUGCAUGAUGGGAGCUGAGAGGAGGACCCCUGCUGGCUCACUUUGCGCGGGAGCACCGUUCUCAGCCUGAUUGCUUUUUCUCCAGAGGGGGAGGUCUGCAGGGGGGAGAGUUGGAGAGGAAAUAGAACAUGGACUUCCAGAAGGUUGUUGCAUUUCUUCCCCCCCCCCCCCCCCCGCUGAGAUCAUAUAUGAACAACGUGGUCCGGCCAGGAGGGGCUGCGUUUACUAAAUGUACUGAUUCUACAGGGCAGCUAUUUGCUUCCCUUCCCCUGUCACUGAGACUCACACGAGACGCUUUACUCUCAAUGGAGAUGCACGCUUUGAAUUCUCUUCAGCCCACGAAGACGAGCUACACAUCUAUGCUUCGUACAGCCGAAGCCAAUAUUCACAUUUUUGUAUUUUUAAAAGAACUUCAUAUGCAAACCUGAAGAAAGGCUAAGAUGUAUUUUAACAUAUUUAAAAUGAAACCAAAUCUAACAUCACUAUUAUUAACUCCACUAACAGUUUGACACUUUAAAUGUACUUUUGUUUUUUGAAGGACAAAAGUACAUCAAAAAACAUACUUUUAACUUUUGCUUGAGAAUUUAAAUGAAAUGCUUUGAUGUAAUCUGGCAAAUCUUCUUCUCCUUCAGAAAGCUAAAACCUUUCCCCUGAUUGGCCGAUGAUUGAUCGUCCCCCGUACAUCGUGCAUCCUUGGUUUCACCCACAAUAACUGGGUGUGAGGGAGUGUCCUUAUAUUCUUGAAUUUGCACAACAACUCUCUGACAUUUGCACAGAGAUGGAUGAGAGGGUGACCGAGCAUUUGUGAGCACAAUGUGUGUGUCAGAGUGUGGACUGUAUUUAUUUGUGUUUGGCUCGAUGCUGAAAGCUUCUUUACAGCCGUGGCUCAGCUGUGCGUCACAGCUCCGUGAGCCCGUCAGUGAUGAGUUAAGUGAAUAAGUAUUCAAAGGGAAAAGGCCAUGUCACCACUUAUCCUCUUUUUCUGCAGCUAUUCCAGUCAGGCAGCCUUCAGACCUCGCUGUUAGGAUGCUCUCUCUGAAGGCACAGUUGCUUUUGGGCUAUUGAUUAUUGCAUGGCAGGAAUUGUCACAAUUAAACCAGAUGCAAUGUUUAUUAAUCAAUCAGAAAACCUCAUCCUGUGAUGAGUGGCUCCUCACAACAUGACAAUAGGAUCAUAGCUGUUCUAAGUUAUUUACACCACAGCGACUCACUGAACAUUCAUAUUUGAAUUGUACGUUUGUUUCUUUUACACUUAUUUGAUUACAUGCAGACUGAAUGAAGUGUGACGUGUUGCACUGAAGAACAAUCAAACUGUAGCAGAUGCAGCAGGAACCUGUUUAACAGACGAUCAGAUGUGUUGAAGGUUUCCUAGAUACGUAGGACUAACAUAUUCCCUGCAGUAUGUUCGUUUCUAUGAAGUAGAUAUGAGGUUAUUAACAGUGAUUGAUCAUAUGAAUGAAAUGUAUUCAUAGCACUGCAAAAUAAUAAAAGUAAUGUUGCUCUUUGAACUGAAGGUGUGUGUAC